GGGCGGCCUCGGCGCGGGCGGCACUGCGGGCAGCGGCGGCGGGAGGGCGAGUGUCGGGGCGCGCGGCGCCGUGUCCCCGGGAACUUCCCCCGCUCGGGGCCCGUGCAACGACUCCCCGCGACGCGGGACCCCCGGGCCGGCCGCGGGUGGCCGCGGCACCAUGAGGCGGCCGAGGGGCGCGCUGCUGCCGCCGCUGCUGCUGGGCGCCCUGCUCCUCGCGCACGGCCAUGCGGGCAGCCCUGAAUGCGCUUGUGGCCGGAGCCACUUCACGUGCGCGGUGAGCGCCCUCGGCGAGUGUACCUGCAUCCCCGCCCAGUGGCAGUGUGACGGAGACAACGACUGUGGCGACCACAGCGACGAGGACGGAUGCAUGCUGCCCACCUGCUCCCCGCUCGACUUCCACUGCGACAACGGCAAGUGCAUCCGCCGUUCCUGGGUGUGUGAUGGGGACAACGACUGUGAGGAUGACUCAGACGAGCAGGACUGCCCCCCCCGGGAGUGCGAGGAGGAUGAGUUCCCCUGUCAGAACGGCUACUGCAUCCGGAGCCUGUGGCACUGUGACGGUGACAAUGACUGUGGGGACAACAGUGACGAGCAGUGCGACAUGCGCAAGUGCUCAGACAAGGAGUUCCGCUGCAGCGACGGCAGCUGCAUCGCCGGCCACUGGUACUGCGACGGGGACACAGACUGCAAGGACGGCUCCGACGAGGAGAGCUGCCCCUCGGCGGUGCCGGCGCCCCCCUGCAACCUGGAGGAGUUCCAGUGCGCCUAUGGCCGCUGCAUCCUGGAUAUCUACCACUGCGACGGGGACGACGACUGCGGAGACUGGUCGGACGAGUCUGACUGCUCCUCCCAUCAGCCCUGCCGCUCCGGGGAGUUCAUGUGUGACAGUGGCCUGUGCAUCAAUGCGGGCUGGCGCUGUGACGGAGACGCAGACUGUGACGACCAGUCGGAUGAGCGCAACUGCACCACCUCCAUGUGCACGGCCGAACAGUUCCGCUGCCGGUCGGGCCGCUGUGUCCGCCUGUCCUGGCGCUGUGACGGGGAGGACGACUGUGCCGACAACAGCGAUGAAGAGAACUGUGAGAACACAGGGAGCCCCCAGUGUGCCUCCGACCAGUUCCUGUGCUGGAACGGGCGCUGCAUUGGGCAGAGGAAGCUGUGCAACGGGGUGAAUGACUGCGGUGACAACAGUGACGAAAGCCCGCCGCAGAACUGCCGGCCGCGGACGGGCGAGGAGAACUGUGGCGUUAACAACGGUGGUUGUGCCCAGAAGUGCCAGAUGGUGCGGGGGGCGGUGCAGUGUACCUGCCACACGGGCUACCGGCUGUCCGAGGAUGGGCGCACCUGCCAGGAUGUGAAUGAGUGCGCCGAGGAGGGCUACUGCAGCCAAGGCUGCACCAACAGCGAAGGCGGCUUCCAGUGCUGGUGCGAAGCCGGCUACGAGCUCCGGCCCGAUCGGCGCAGCUGCAAGGCCCUGGGGCCGGAGCCGGUGCUACUGUUCGCCAAUCGCAUCGACAUCCGGCAGGUGCUGCCGCACCGCUCCGAGUACACGCUGCUGCUCAACGACCUGGAGAACGCCAUCGCCCUGGAUUUCCACCACCGGCGCGAGCUGGUCUUCUGGUCCGACGUCACCCUGGACCGCAUCCUCCGGGCCAACCUCAACGGCAGCAACGUGGAGGAGGUGGUGUCCACGGGGCUGGAGAGUCCAGGAGGCCUCGCUGUGGACUGGGUCCACGACAAGCUCUAUUGGACCGACUCAGGGACAUCAAGGAUCGAGGUGGCCAACCUGGAUGGAGCCCACCGGAAAGUACUUCUGUGGCAGAAUCUGGAGAAGCCCCGAGCCAUUGCCUUGCAUCCGAUGGAGGGGACCAUCUACUGGACAGAUUGGGGUAACACACCUCGCAUCGAGGCCUCCAGCAUGGAUGGUUCCAGGCGCCGCAUUAUCGCUGAUACCCAUCUCUUCUGGCCCAACGGCCUUACCAUAGACUAUGCCGGGCACCGCAUGUACUGGGUAGAUGCCAAACACCACGUCAUCGAGAGGGCCAAUCUGGAUGGGAGUCACCGAAAGGCUGUCAUUAGCCAGGGCCUUCCGCACCCCUUUGCCAUCACGGUAUUUGAAGACAGCCUCUACUGGACGGACUGGCAUACCAAGAGCAUUAAUAGUGCCAACAAAUUUACCGGCAAGAACCAAGAGAUCAUUCGCAACAAGCUCCACUUCCCCAUGGACAUCCACACCCUGCACCCUCAGCGCCAGCCUGCAGGCAAGAACCGCUGUGGGGACAACAACGGAGGCUGCUCGCAUCUGUGCCUUCCCAGCGGCCAGAACUACACGUGUGCCUGCCCCACGGGCUUCCGCAAGAUCAGCAGCCACGCCUGUGCCCAGAGUCUUGACAAGUUCCUGCUUUUUGCCCGAAGGAUGGACAUCCGUCGGAUCAGCUUCGACACCGAGGACCUGUCCGACGACGUCAUCCCACUGGCUGACGUGCGCAGUGCUGUGGCCCUCGACUGGGACUCCCGGGACGACCACGUGUACUGGACCGAUGUCAGCACCGACACCAUCAGCAGGGCCAAGUGGGAUGGAACCGGGCAGGAGGUGGUGGUGGACACCAGCUUAGAGAGCCCCGCAGGCCUGGCCAUCGAUUGGGUCACCAAUAAGCUGUACUGGACGGAUGCAGGGACAGACCGGAUCGAAGUGGCCAACACGGACGGCAGCAUGAGGACAGUGCUCAUUUGGGAGAACCUGGAUCGGCCCCGGGACAUCGUGGUGGAACCCAUGGGCGGGAAUAUGUACUGGACCGACUGGGGUGCCAGCCCCAAGAUUGAGCGUGCGGGCAUGGAUGCCUCGGACCGCCAGGUCAUCAUCUCCUCCAACCUGACCUGGCCCAACGGCUUGGCCAUCGACUACAGCUCCCAGCGGCUGUACUGGGCUGACGCGGGCAUGAAGACCAUCGAAUUCGCCGGGCUGGAUGGCAGCAAGAGGAAGGUGCUGAUUGGAAGCCAGCUCCCCCACCCGUUCGGGCUGACCCUCUACGGGGAACGCAUCUAUUGGACCGACUGGCAGACCAAGAGUAUCCAGAGCGCUGACCGGCUCACGGGGCUCGACCGAGAGACGCUCCAGGAGAACUUGGAGAACCUCAUGGAUAUUCACGUCUUCCAUCGCCAGCGGCCCCCCGUGUCCACACCCUGCACCGUGGGGAAUGGCGGCUGCAGCCACCUGUGCCUUCGAUCCCCCAAACCAAGCGGCUUCAGCUGUACCUGCCCCACGGGCAUCAACCUGAGGCCUGAUGGCAAGACCUGCUCCCCAGGCAUGAACAGUUUCCUCAUCUUCGCCAGGAGGAUCGACGUCCGCAUGGUCUCCUUGGACAUCCCUUACUUUGCCGACGUGGUGGUGCCGAUCAACAUUACCAUGAAGAACACCAUUGCCGUCGGAGUGGACCCCCAGGAAGGGAAAGUGUACUGGUCAGACAGCACGCUGCACCGGAUCAGCCGCGCGAGUCUGGACGGCUCCCAGCACGAGGACCUCAUCACGACAGGCCUGCAGACCACAGACGGGCUUGCCGUGGAUGCCAUCGGCCGGAAAAUCUACUGGACGGACACGGGCACCAACAGGAUUGAAGUGGGCAACCUGGAUGGGUCCAUGCGGAAAGUGCUGGUGUGGCAGAACCUUGACAGUCCCCGGGCCAUCGUGUUAUACCACGAGAUGGGGUUCAUGUACUGGACGGACUGGGGGGAGAACGCCAAGUUGGAGAGAUCUGGAAUGGACGGCUCCGACCGGACUGUUCUCAUCAGCAACAACCUUGGCUGGCCCAAUGGACUUACCGUGGACAAGGCCGGCGCCCAGCUGCUCUGGGCUGAUGCCCAUACUGAGCGCAUUGAGGCUGCAGAUCUGAAUGGAGCCAAUCGGCACACGCUGGUGUCCCCCGUCCAGCACCCGUACGGCCUCACCCUGCUGGGCUCCUAUAUCUACUGGACGGACUGGCAGACCCGCAGCAUCCACCGUGCUGACAAGGGCACCGGCGGCAACGUCAUCCUGGUGCGAUCCAACCUGCCGGGCCUCAUGGACAUCCAGGCUGUGGACCGCACUCAGCCACUGGGCUUGAACAAGUGUGGCUCCAGGAAUGGCGGCUGCUCCCACCUCUGCCUGCCUCGGCCCUCCGGCUUCUCCUGUGCCUGCCCCACCGGCAUCCAGCUUCGGGGUGAUCGGAAGACCUGCGACCCCUCCCCUGAGGCCUACCUGCUCUUCUCCAGCCGGGGCUCCAUCCGGCGGAUCUCGCUGGACACCAGUGACCACACCGACGUGCACCUGCCCAUCCCUGAGCUCAACAACGUCAUCUCCCUGGACUACGACAGCGGGGAGGGGAAAGUCUAUUACACCGACGUGUUCCUGGAUGUGAUCAGGCGAGCGGAUCUGAAUGGCAGCAAUAUGGAGACGGUGAUCGGCCGUGGGCUGAAGACCACAGAUGGGCUGGCAGUGGACUGGGUGGCCAGGAACCUGUACUGGACAGACACAGGCCGAAACACCAUCGAAGCCUCGAGACUGGACGGCUCCUGCCGCAAAGUGCUAAUUAACAACAGCCUGGAUGAGCCACGAGCCAUUGCUGUCUUCCCCAGGAAGGGGUAUCUCUUCUGGACCGACUGGGGUCAUAUCGCCAAGAUCGAGCGGGCGAACCUGGAUGGCUCCGAGCGGAAGGUCCUCAUCAACACAGACCUGGGCUGGCCCAAUGGCCUUACCCUGGACUAUGACACCCGCAGGAUCUACUGGGUGGACGCGCAUCUGGACCGGAUAGAGAGCGCUGACCUCAACGGGAAGCUCCGGCAGGUCCUGGUCAGCCACGUGUCGCAUCCCUUUGCUCUGACUCAGCAGGACCGGUGGAUCUACUGGACAGACUGGCAGACCAAGUCGAUCCAGCGUGUUGACAAAUACUCAGGGCGGAGCAAGGAGACAGUGCUGGCCAAUGUGGAAGGACUCAUGGAUAUCAUCGUGGUCUCACCUCAGCGGCAGACAGGAACCAACGCCUGUGGUGUGAACAAUGGUGGCUGCACCCACCUCUGCUUUGCCAGGGCCUCCGAUUUUGUGUGUGCCUGCCCUGAUGAGCCCGAUGGCCGUCCCUGCUCCCUAGUUCCUGGCCUAGUGCCCCCAGCUCCCAGAGUUACAAGCAUGAGUGACAGGAAUCCUGUGCUACCCAACACACUCCCUACCACCCUGCACUCCGAGACCAGCCAGACCCACACAUCCCUGGAGGAAGGAAGAUGCUCGGAAAAGGAUGCCCGGCUGGGCCUCUGUGCACAUUCCAAUGAGGCCAUACCUGCUGCUCCAGGGGAAGGACUUCACGUCAGCUAUAUAAUCGGAGGACUCCUCAUUAUCCUGCUGAUUCUGGUGGUGAUAGCUGCUUUGAUGCUGUACAGACACAAAAAAUCCAAGUUAACCGAUCCUGGAAUGGGGAACUUGACUUACAGCAACCCCUCCUACCGAACUUCCACCCAGGAAGUGAAAAUCGAAACAAUCCCGAAGCCUGCCAUGUACAAUCAACUGUGCUACAAGAAAGAGGGUGGGCCGGACCAUAACUACACGAAGGAGAAGAUCAAGAUCGUGGAGGGAAUCUGCCUCUUGUCCGGGGACGACGCCGAGUGGGAUGACCUCAAGCAGCUACGCAGCUCCCGGGGAGGCCUUCUCCGGGAUCACGUGUGCAUGAAGACAGACACCGUGUCCAUCCAGGCCAGCUCCGGCUCCCUGGAUGACACGGAGACAGAGCAGCUGCUGCAGGAAGAGCAGUCGGAGUGCAGCAGCGUCCACACCGCAGCCACGCCCGAGAGACGGGGUUCUCUGCCCGACACGGGCUGGAAACACGAACGCAAACUCUCCUCCGAGAGCCAGGUCUAGAAGCCUGUGUUCCCUGCCCUCCCUGCCCGUUUCUUUUCCUUCGUGGACUUCCGGUCCUUGUGCUCGCUUAGCAGCAGGCCCCUCCCCGGGUGUCCGCACUGCGCGCCUCCUCCCACCCAUAGCUGCUCCCAAGCCCUCCUGGGGAGCCGUCCGCGGCCAGGUCCAUAACUAGCUGUACACGAGAGGAGGUGGCACCUCCGAGAAUUCUGGGUUUUACCAUGAACCUCACCUCUUGCACCCAGACUGAGCAUCCUCUGCUCCCACAAACUAGGCUCAAUAAUGUUCCCUCAUCAGUGCAGCGGUCCACUUUCCCUCUUGGGACCCUCAGAACAUGCCCCCACAAGAGCUGAUGACCCGACACUGUGCAGUUUCCCCCUCAGAGGCGGCCUGACAACUUCCCUGAGAAAACUUGUUCAAUUGGCUGGGAUUGUGACAAAAAAAGAGAGAUGAAGGGUAGAGGCUGAGAGGAGGAAUCAGCCCAGCUGGUAUGGGCAUUUGGGGAGCCCUUCAGCCUCAAGUGUUGGUAAUCUGAGUGGGCUUUUGAAGGUCGCUGGUGGACCUAGUGGUCCCGCCCAUUGCUGGUGAUGGCUUAUUAUUCUCACUCCAAGUGUUGCUAUUUCCUCAGAUCUGGGAGUGGCAGGGGACGGUCUCCCACCUAUUAAAAUGUCUGGAGCCUUGUUCACCUUCAGAUGACCGGAGACCCCUCUCACAUGGUUGCUGGCUCACAGGAUGCCUGGAGCCACCACGGGCCAGUAACUUUUCUGUCUUCAACAUGAAAUAACUUGUGAGCCAGUAGCUUGAAUGAACAUGGGGCCCCGAGGGCUGAGUCUGCAAUGGCUCAGAAGUGCCACCCAGUCCCAACACAGCAUUUCCUCUGAACUUGAACGUUCUGUCACUCUCGUCCUCCUCACUCUCUGGAUGCUAAGCGCAGAGAGCCCGAGAAAGCUGUUGAAAGCAGGGCCAGGUGUUUUCUUAAACAACCAACAUGAUUGGUUUAGAUGUGGGGCUCCCAGGGCCUAAAGGGAGAUAUCCAAGAGGUUGAACCCCCUGUGUUUUCUCUCAAGUGCUCAGGGAUCUAAGUGGCUAGACAGAGAGCCUGUGACAAAGGGGAGGCGAAGUUCCCAGUCCGACUCUUCUUCCCAGCUAAGUGACCCACUCACAUUCCACCUGUCAUUGGAUUCGUGCUCGUUCACAGAAGGAACUUGCAUCUCACAUUGGUAUCAAGACAAUUGAGAACCCCCCCCACACACACACACACACAGAUACAUACAAGUAGUCUCGGCUCUGCCUGACUUGCUUUUUCUACGGUGAGGAGGCCUAUACAAGAUGCAAAGUGGUGCGCCAGACAUGACUGAGGGAUGCCCUGCCACCCCGGGGUACAGACUGAGGGGAGGGGAGGGCUCCUGGGGGGAGUUUCUCGGGUGUGAAACAUCCUUUUGGGUUUAGAUAUUGAGGACUCAGCUGCCAGCUGUGGCAGUGAAGAGGGAGGGCAAUAGUCACCCUUUUUUGGCCUGUUCCCAGAGUCCUGGAGUCUCUGCCAAGCCCUGAGGUCUGCUCUCAGUAGCCUGGCUGGGGCCCGCACAGGGCAAACAAGCCAGGCCAAGGAGAUUCUUCUAGACACAGAAUGAGAAUGGUGCCAUUUACACCGGGAGAAAAGGGGCACAUUACAAACUUGAUUGGGGGGGCGCUCCAGGGGCUGGGGGUGGGCAGUGAAAGAAGGAGCACUUUCUUCCCCUCCCUUCAGGGUCCUGGUUGGGAAAGCGGAGAAUGUGGAAAAGUGGCGUUUGCUCACUGGGCAUGGGGGACGAAUCUGAUUGCACUUGGGCUGUUCAGAAUGUAGAAAGGACAUAUUUGAAGAAAUAUCUAUUUGAGCACUGAUUUACUAUGUAAAAAAAAAAAGCAAAAUCUCUCUGUCCUAAACUAAUGGAAGUGAUUCUCCCCGCGCUCAUGUGUAAUGGUUUUAACGUUACUCACUGGAGAGAUUGGACUUUCUGGAGUUAUUUAACCACUAUGUUCAGUAUUUUAGGACUUUAUGAUAAUUUAAUAUAAAUUUAGCUUUUCUUAA